AUGGGCACUCGGGAAACAGCCAAUUCACCGGACAACAAACAGGACACUAUUGAAACAGCAAACUCACCGGGCAACGAAAAGGACACUCGGGAAACAGCAAGCUCACCGGGCAACAAACAGGACACUAUGGAAACAGCCAACUCACCGGUCAACAAACAGGACACUCGGGAAACAGCCCACUCACCGGGCAACACACAGGACACUCGGGAAACAACCCACUCACCGGGCAACAAACAGGACACUAUGGAAACAGCAAACUCACCGGACAAAGAAAAUGGCACUCGGGAAACAGCCAACUCACUGGGCAACGAAAAUGGCACUCGGGAAACAACCCACUCACCGGGCAACAAACAGGACACUAUGGAAACAGCAAACUCACCGGACAAAGAAAUGGGCACUCGGGAAACAGCCAACUCACCGGGCAACGAAAAGGGCACUCGGGAAACAGCCAACUCACCGGGCAACGAAAAGGACACUCGGGAAACAGCCAACUCGCCAGACAACAGAAAGGAAACAAAGUCGUAG